AUGCCCAAAUAUCUUGGUAACCUCUGUAGUUUGGAACGGUUGGAAUUCAAUAACAACUCUGCUGUCGUCAAAUUUCCUGAUUUUCUCCACAACUUGUCUGGAUGUGCAGCACUUACAUUACAAGGGUUGUUUGCUCGAGAAAACAAAUUUACAGGGUCGUUGUCCGAUGAGAUCCAAAAGUUUUCAUCCCUAAAAUACUUGUACCUGUCUCGCAAUCACUUAAAUGGAAGUAUAAGUGAGAAAUUAUGGGAUCUACCCAGGCUUGAAUACCUUGACCUUUCUUUUAAUAAUCUUACAGUUCCUUCCCCGUAUCACUUGUCAAACCUUUCAAAUUUACAACUUGUUGAUCUGAGGUCUUGUAAGCUGGUAGGACCUCGCUUCCCCAAAUGGAUCCAGAAACUCAAAAAUGUUACCCGUCUUGAUCUUUCCAAUACAGGAAUUUCAGACACAACUCCUCUGGAGUUUUGGGACAUGUCGCCUUCUUUUUUAGGAAAUCUGAAUCUCUCAUCCAAUGACAUUAGCGGGACAGUACCGGAUUUAUCAUCAAAUUUUGCCAACGAUUCAGAGAUAGAUUUGAGUUCCAACAGGUUUUCUGGUCCAAUACCAAAUGUUUCUUCCAGUUUGUCAUCAUUAAAUCUUUCCAGAAACAAUUUCACUGGAGGAAUCUCCUUUAUAUGCCAAAUUGUUGAUGGGUUCUUAUCAUUUCUUGACCUCUCUCAUAACUCAUUAAUCGGACAACUCCCGGACUGUUUAUGGCAUAUCAAACACCUAGAAGUUCUUAAUCUUGGACACAACAAUCUCUUUGGACGGAUUCCUCCCUCUGUUGGAUCUUUGAUAGAACUCAAGGUGUUAUAUUUAUACGAGAACGACUUCUCUGGGGAAUUGCCUUUGUCAUUAAAAAAUUGCACGAGUCUAAAGUCGUUGAAUUUGGGGGCCAACAAGUUUUCUCGUAAUGUUCCUGUCUGGAUUGGGGAAAAUUUAUCAGGUUGUAUGUUCUUAUCCUGA